AUGUCCCCAGGUCAAGCUCCCCCGUCGACGUCAGCAGCAGCAGCAGACACAAAACAACAGCAGCCAACACAGCAACAAGAACAAAGAGAAGACGAACAAGAUGAGCAACAAGAACAACAACAACAACCACCACAACACCACCACCACCAUCAUGAACUCGUGGAACACCGCCUGUCGGUGUCGUUUGCCGAGGACCAGUUUGCCACAUCGUCACCACAAAGGUCCCACGCGACAGCCAGCGAUGUCCCGUCCAUGAGCUCGUUUUGCGUCGCUGUCGAUUCGACGCGGAAUGCCGCCAGUGGCGUCGCUUUUCCGUCCGCCUCUUGUGGCGGCGCUGCGGGGCGACGACGUGCUGUCCGACGUGACGACUUCCACGACGUCGACGAUGAUAUACCGUUCUUACUAUUAGAAGUAAGGAUGGAUUCAGACGAGGAAUAUUCAGCGAGCAUUUCAGCAGUGAUGUCCAAACGGCAACUGACAGCAAAGAAACUCACAGGCAAGCGGAGACGGGGCUCAGUUGCCUCGCCAACACCAGAUGUCAGCUCUGCUGGCAGAAGACAUUCUUCUGUGUUCACAUUGAGUGAAUGGUCAAGGCUACCCGUAAGCCAGCCUAGUCCGAGCCCAGCCGGCCUUCACUUAAGGAACGUUUACAGGCUGCUCCUAAUGGUUCGUCUCCACCGCGACGUGCUGCGGGAAGUGAGGGCGCAGCCAUUGCCACUGAGACGCAAGAUCAGGCUGCUGUUGAAAAGAUGCCACAGGGAGCUGUCCAACAUGGCCAGGGCUCUGAUCCCCUGGGAGAAAAGGAUCAAGGGGAUUGAAGCUCAAUUUGGCUCAGUGGUGGCUUCUUACUUUGUUUUCCUGCGCUGGCUCUGCUUGCUCAAUGUGGGGAUCGCCGCCAUAUUUGUCUCUUUUGUCAUGGUUCCUGAGAUUCUUUCAGGAAGCGUUGGAAAACCUGGGGAUGCGCGAAAAACGUUAUUACCGAAUGAAGUUCAAACUGCUUACGAUUUCUCGACUUUGUGGAAUUUUGAAGGAGUUUUGAGAAUGGCAACGAAUGCAAGAGCCAGUAAGCUGUCAGCAGGCGGAGAAGAGGCGGUUUUCUCUUGGAAAUUGUUUGCUGGUUGGGAUUUCACUGUUGGUCACCCAGAAGCUGCCAUCAACAAAAGAUCUGCUCUGCUCAUGUCUUUCAGGGAACUUCUACUUGAGGAAAAGGAGAAAACCAAACAGGAAACCGGCUGGAAGCUGGUGGCAGCAAGAGUUGUUGCAAAUCUGCUGAUUUUGGGACUGUUGGCCACUUCAGCUUACGCAAUUGUUUUGGCAGUUGAGAGGUCAUACAAUGUGGACCCUCGUGCCAAUUGGUUCCGGCAAAAUGAGCUCCAGGUUGUGCUUGGAGCAGCUGGGUUCAUUUUUCCCAAUCUCUCUGGCUGGAUUGGUAAGAUGGAAAAGUUCCAUCCCAGAGCUGCUUUAAGAUGGCAACUUGCAAGGAUACUUGCAUUGUUCUUGGUCAACUUCUACUCCCUGAUCCCAGCACUUUUCAAGAAGGUUGACAUCAUGAUCAUAGAACUGGAACAGUUAAGGACUCAAGCUCCAAUGACAGAACAACCAGGGACAUCCUAUUUGUGGACCACUCUGGAACCAACAAUAACAACUGCACCACCAACUAUCUUCCCAACCUCUUUCAACACCACAGAAUGUUCAAAAAGGAGGGUUCCUUGUGCUUCCCUCAGGUCAAACAAGUCUGAUUUGAUAACUGACAAGGAGUAUUGGUCUCAAGGAAAUGGCAACAUUUCUGAUUUGUUGGCUGAGUUUUCUAUAGUCAUUCAUGAGGAUAACUUCAGUAGGACUUACUUUACCCCAGAAGUCUAUCCUAAAGCUAUGAUGAAUGAAACAUCUUUUCUGAAAACCUGGGACCCUGAAGUCUGGCGGCCAGACAAUACAACAACCACUUUACACCCAGACUUCAUUGCCAAAUUAGACAAAGGAAUGAGAGAUGCAGCAGAAGCUUAUGCAAGAUGGAGAAAAGUGAAGCAAAGGAUUAUGGAUGAGAGAAACCGGAGAAGAUCAAAAAGGCAGAUCCGCUUCCCCUUCAGCAAUAAUAAGUUCUUCAUCCAAUCAGCAGCCACAGAAGCAAAAAUCUCCUCUAUUACUGACGCAUCAACAGAAUUGCCAACCACAGAUGACACCAAUACACCAGAAACCACUCAAACCAGAUUUUCUGAGUCUUCUGACAUCAGUUCAAGCACAGAAGGUGGAAAAGGCUCCAGUGUGGACACAGAAACCACAUGGUCUAUGGAAACUAGUGACACCACCGGGUCAUCUUUCGAUGAGCAAAAUCGAAGAGCGACAUCUGAGAAGCCAGAGAGAUGUUUCAUUCAACUUUGCUUCUCAGCAACUCAGACAGUGGCCACUACUGAAUCAACCAGAGCUGGAAUCACCACAGAAAAAAUCGGAUGUUAUUACGAGGAUGAUGGAACACCAGCCAGUCCAGAGAUUCAGAUCUCCUCACAAAUCAGAGAAGAUAAACACACUCCGAAUGCUGCGGUGGUCAUCGAAAGCGACCCGAGAGCCGGUGAUGAAACCCGCCGGUGGCCAGUGGGAUUCAGACGCGGUCAACAUCAUCAGCAGCAGUUCAUCGAACGCAUCGACGAAACCAAAAAGAAAAAUCCCGUCAUCCAAAACUCUGAUCCCGUCAAAGGGGCAGGACGGGGCGAAACUCGAAUGUCAGAGUACCUGCAGUCAUUCUUCAGCGAGAUCCGGUUCUACCCUAAGAUAGCAGACAGCGACACCUACUCACGCGCGCCAGCGAAUCCUUGGGACACAACUUACAACGUCUCACAAGUGUCGCCAACGUCGAUCCCGAAGCGAAGAAUCCUCUGCGCCCCAAUAACGACUCCUGCUCCUCCUCCCCCGACGACCAUAGAUUACAAACCCAUGCAAACCCUGAGGUCUUUGUGUUGGGAAACUAUGCUUGGCCAGGAGCUGGUGAAAAUCACAGUGAUUGAUUUAGUGACGACAUUGCUCUCGACUCUGGUAAUGGACUUUGUUAGAGCGCUCAUCGUGCGUUUUCUCAAUCCCUGUUGGUUCUGGGAUCUGGAGAAAAGGUGGCCUGAAUACGCAGAGUUUAAUGUUGCGGAGAGUGUUCUACAUCUUGUCAACAACCAAGGAAUGAUUUGGAUGGGAAUGUUUUUUUCACCAGGACUGCCAGUCCUGAAUUUGCUGAAACUUGUGGUGCUGGCAUAUGCCAGGUUUUGGAUUGUCACCACAUGCAAUGUUCCCCAUGAGACUGUCUUCAGGGCAUCGAGGUCAAACAAUUUCUACUAUGGAUUGCUGUUGUUGUUUUUAUUCUUGUGCACUUUGCCUGUUGGAUACUUUGUGGUGAGACUCCCACCAAGUUGGCAUUGUGGUCCAUUCAGUGGAUAUGACAGGAUAUACAUGAUAUUGACAAGGAGGAUCAUGGAAUCCGUGCCACAGUGGAGCCAUGUAUUCUUGGACUAUAUGACUUCAGCUGGAGUAGUGAUUCCAUUGUUGGUGCUCCUCACUCUUUUCAUUUACUACUUACUUUCACUGGCUGGUGCUUUAAGGGAGGCCAAUGAUGAUCUGAGAAUCCAGUUGAGAAGAGAAAGAACUGAAGAGAGAAGAAAAAUGUUCAAAUUGGCUGAGAAGAGGGACACAAUUGGGGAAGACAGCAAGUGGAAUGUUCUACUACCAGCUCUCAAGUCCAGAUUCAGUUCCACAUCAUCUAGAUCUGAUGCUGAGAAGGAAGAGAGGGCAAAAGGGAUGUGCUGGCCUCGAGAGGCCAUGUUGCCGUUGCUGGGCUACGUGAGCUCUGUGCUGCCGCAGACCUACGGAACGGACGCCCUCCGAAACGUCAUGUCCCGCGGAUAUUUGACUUUGGCAGAGGAUUGGUUUGAUAUUCUCAGGCCCAUCCUGUGUUAA